AUGGUGCCGUAUGGCAAGGUCCCAGGCGAGAACCGCGGUGAGCAGCCGAUGGAGCCGAUCAUCUACCUCGAAGAUCCGUACUAUUACGUCCGCGACGACAGUCGCUCCAACACGGAGAUCUUGGACCACUUGAGGGCUGAAAACGCCUACACGAAGGCGGCGUUGAGCCACUUGGACGGCCCGCAGGAUGAGUUGUACAAGGAGUUGCUCAGCCACGUGCAGGAAGCGACCAUAUGGUGCAGUCGGACCCUGUGA